AUGAUUCACUUACAAACACCAAAGAAGUCCACAUUAUUCCCACAACAAUCGAACCAACCUUAUUCAGCCACUAGAGAUACUUCAUCAAUAGAUGGCCACUCAGUGUCAUUUUCUAACAAUAGUGGUGUAACAACUUCAAGCGCCAAGUUCAGUUUACCACCAUUAUCUUCAAUACUAUCAUCGGCAAAAUCAAACCACUACAAGGAUCAUCCAUUGACUAAUAUUACCAACACGGCCAAUUCAAAUACAAGUGCCGUAUUUGCACAAACACCAUGCAAGAAAUUACCUUCAAUUGACUCAUUCACAAGUACUCCUUUAACUACAGCUACUACUCCUUAUGUUUAUCAACCACCUUCAGUGCCACAACAACAUCCACAUCUUCAACACCGUUCUUCUUUCCAAUACCACUAUCCAAAUGCUUCAAGAUCUGCUUCUAGUUCACUUCCACGUCCAUCACCACCACCACCACCACAACCACAACCAACAGUACAACAUUUUAACUCGUACAUAACUUACCAACCAGUUACAUCAACAACAACGACAACAGCCACAAAUACUGCAACCCACUCAAAUGUCUCAUCUUCAUCUCCUACUCCUCCACCAUCUGCUUCAACAUCACUGUUGAUGUCAUCAAGAAAGAGAUCCAGCUCAAUUGCUGAUGAAGAUACCUCGAUAAUGGACACGAGUAUUUUGGAACUCCGCAAAUCUAAAUCAAAACCAAGAGUCAAAUCGAUCUCAACAUCGCCCACCAGUACAUCCCCCGCAUUAUCUGCAUCUACCUCAACAACGGCACCAUCAUCAGCAAAUAGCUCAGACAAGUUAUAUGCAUUUAUUUCUCACUCACCUGCCACUUUCCCUUCUCAAGAACCUGAUAUCGACAACGCACCAUUGGCAAGAAGAAAAAGAAGAAGAACAUCACCUCACGAGUUAAACAUACUUAAUAGAGAAUUUGAACUUGGUUCAACUCCCAACAAAUCAAGACGUAUUGAGAUUGCUAAAGUGGUGCAAAUGACAGAGAAGGCAGUACAGAUUUGGUUUCAAAAUAAACGUCAAGCAUUACGUAAACAAAGUAAUGUUGAAAAGGAAAUUUGUGAGUUGCCACCAACCGACGUUCCUAUUGAACAACAACUUGAACAACAACAGCAACAUCAACCGACGACCCCAUCCGAGGCAGUAGUCUUCCCAAUUGUAUCGUCAACACCUACAAAGCCCACCAAAUCUAACUUGUCCAUUAUGAUUCAAUAA